AUUUCGUGGUAGAAAAUGAUAACGUAUAAAGGAAAUCGCGAAGAAAAUUAUCGUCGAAAAGUGACGACACAACCCACGAAUAUCCCGCCAUCUUGGAUAAAUUCGGCAGCAAGGCCUCACUGCCGAUCUGUCCCGAAGAUUACAGCGGCAAACAUCAUUAUCGGAAUAAUGAAGAGGGAAGCUGAUGCGGGCGCCAUGACAGGUUCAGGAGGGCCAACUAGUCCUCACAAACGUUAUCGACAGGGUGACGACGAACUUCGUCUUCUCAUUCCUAGCAAGGUUGCUGGAUCUAUAAUUGGCAAGGGAGGACAGAACAUCACAAAGCUCCGAAAUCAGUACAAAGCCUCAAUCAUUGUACCCGAUUGCCCCGGACCCGAACGAGUUUUGACCAUCAGUUCCGAUCUGACGACAGUUCUUCAAGUCCUCAACGAGGUCGUACCUAAUCUCGAAGAGAAUGGUUCCCGACAUGGAAGUGACGAAAUUGACGUACGUAUGCUGGUACAUCAGAGUCAAGCUGGUUGUGUCAUCGGCAAGGGAGGUUUAAAAAUCAAAGAACUACGUGAGAAAACUGGAGCUAGAAUCAAGAUCUACUCCAACUGCUGCCCACGCAGUACGGAUCGCUUGAUCAGCAUCUGCGGGAAACCAACGACGUGCAUAGAAUGUAUCCGCGAGUUGAGCGCUACCAUUAAAACGUCGCCGUUGAAAGGGGUGAAUAAUCCAUACGAUCCUCACAAUUUCGAUGAUUAUUAUGCAGACGAAUAUGGUGGUUAUGGAAGUGGAGAUGGCGGCCAAGGAAGAGGCGGUGGUUUUGGUCCAGGAGGCCGUGGAGGAGGAGGUGGUGGUGGAGGAGGUGGUGGAAUGCUACCUAGACGAGACAGUCGUAGUACUGGCGAUGAUAUAAAUCGUGCAUUUCCAACAUCAAGAAGUGGACCUCGUGGAGGAGCUGGUGGAGGAGCAGGUGGUGGCGGAAUGACGGGUGGUCCGAUAGAUCGUGGAUAUGCUGGUAACUCGAGAGCUGCUGGAGGUGGUGCUGGUAACGGUGGUGGUGGAUACGACGGUGGAAGGAAUGCUGGUUAUGCUGGAAAUAGGGCUGGUCCGCCACCUUACGCCACUGGAAAUUACAAUGGGGAUGGUUGGGGUAUGCAAGGUGGUGGUGCACCAAACGGUUUAAGCGGUGCUGGUAACUCAGGAAUGAGUGGUCCAUCAAUGAGUGGAAACAAUCAGGGAAAUCAAAACAAUAUGAGUGGAAGCAAGACCAGUACUCAAGUCACCAUCCCUAAGGAUCUCGCAGGCGCAAUAAUUGGUAAGGGCGGAGCAAGAAUCAGGAAAAUCAGAUCGGACAGUGGCGCCUCGAUCACCAUAGACGAGCCAUUACCUGGUAGUAAUGACCGGAUUAUCACGAUAAUCGGCUUACCCAGUCAGAUACAGAUGGCUCAGUACCUUCUACAACAGAGCGUACACGAGAAUGCAGAUCAUUAUUAACAAGGAAGAAAAGAAGAAAAAAAAAAAUUAAGAUUAAAAGAAAAAAGAAAA